CGGUGCAGUUCAAAAUGGAGAGCCCCUUCGUGCCCGAGUCGGUGUGCAGUCUGCCGUGCGACCAGGGCCAGGCCAAGAAGUACGUCGAGGGCGACAUCUGCUGCUGGCACUGCUUCAACUGCACGCAGUACCAGAUCCGGUCGCCCUUCGACGAGACGCUGUGCCAGACGUGCAUCGAGGGCACGGUGCCGGACCCCAACAAGACGUGGUGCCAGGAGAUCCCGGAGGUGUUCCUGCGGCCCGACAGCGGCUGGGCCAUCGGCGCCAUGUCGUUCUCGUCGUGCGGCAUCCUCGUCACGCUCUUCGUCGGCGGCGUCUUCCUGCGCCACCACGAGACGCCCGUGGUGCGCGCGGCCGGCCGCGAGCUGUCGUAUGUGCUGCUCACCGGCAUCAUGCUGUGCUACUGCGUCACGUUCGCGCUGGUGCUCCGGCCCACGGACGUGGUCUGCGGCGUCCAGAGGUUCGGCGCGGGCUUCUGCUUCACGGUGGUGUACGCCGCGCUGCUCACCAAGACCAACCGCAUCGCGCGCAUCUUCAAGGCGGGCACGCGCACCGCCAAGCGGCCCUCGUUCAUCAGCCCCAAGUCGCAGCUGCUCAUCUGCUUCUUCCUCGUCUCCGUGCAGGUGCUCGUCAACGUGGUGUGGAUCAUGGUGAAGCCGCCCAUGGCCAUGCACCACCACCCGACGCGCGAGGACAACCACCUGGUGUGCAAGUCGCACAUCGACGCCUCGUACAUGAUCGCCUUCGGCUACCCCAUCCUGCUCAUCAUCGUGUGCACCGUCUACGCCGUGCUCACCAGGAAGAUACCCGAGGCGUUCAGCGAAUCCAAGUACAUCGGGUUCACCAUGUACACCACGUGCGUCAUCUGGCUCGCGUUCGUCCCGCUGUACUUCGGCACUGCCAACCACGUCCCGCUGAGAAUCACGUCCAUGUCGGUCACCAUCUCGCUGUCCGCGUCCGUCACGCUGGCGUGCCUCUUCUCCCCCAAGCUGUACAUAAUCCUCAUUCACCCCGAGCGCAACGUGCGCCAGUCCAUGAUGCCGGCCAUGCGCUACUCGACGGUCAAGAGCUCGGCGGGCACGGUGACGGGCAACCACGCCAGCAACUCGCUGCACCCCGGCGUGCACAGCGUGCCCGCCACCUACCUCAACACCAUCACGGCGCUCGACCGCCACCACUGCCCCAAGGUGGACUGCGGCACGCAGAGUCAAGGAAUGCCACUCGAGGACAGGUCCACUCAGACCAGCCUGCAAAGCCUGUCGGGUCCCGAACAGGCCGGCUCGCAAACCGAGUCCGUGCCCCUCUCCUACCCUUACACACUGGCCAAUGGCGAGGUGCAGGGCCCCGUGGAGGACUCUGCCCCCUCGCUGCGGCACGGCUGCGCCAGCGGCAGCCCCCGCGACCCCGGAGGGGGUCCGGGCGGGGGGGCCGUCAACGGGGACGUGCCGCGGUCGGCCUCGCCCUUCUCGCGGACGCGGAGCUGCAACAGCGCCCUCCUCAAGUCCCGCCGGCGGGCGGGCGGUCCCCAGCCCUGGCCGCAGCACGCCAAUGGACUGGGCGCGGCCGGCGCACUGCGGCACCAGUCCGACAUCCUGCCCGCCCUGGGCUCGGCGCUGGGCGCGGCCCUGGGCGCCGUCACCCCGGACGCGUGUACCUGCGCGCCCGCCUGCACCUGCGCGCCGUCCCCACGGUCGCCGUGCGCGUCGUCCUUCCCUUCGUCCGCGGCCUCGUCACCCACGUCUUCAGCGCUGGCGCUGGACGACGCCGACGGGGACGGGGAUGGGGACGGGGACGCGCGGCUGUCAGGCAGGCCGUUCUCCCUCGAGGCCGUGGCCGGCUCGCCCGUCUCGCCCGACACGCCGGCCGGCACGCCCGUGAGCACGCCCACCUCCCUCACCUCGGCGCCGUCUACUCGCGGCUCCAGGGGGUCGCGAGGGUCGGGGGGCGCUGGCAGUGCGGGCAGCGGGGCUGGCGGGGCGCUCCCCAACCACAGGGUGGCCGCCGCGUGCCCCGCCGGCCCCACCCAGGCCGCCACUCGGGUCUCCUUAUGAGAGCAGCCGCGCCCGGACCCGGACCAGCAGAGUGCUCCCUAGCACACAGCGAGAAGUCCGGACCGGGGGCGGUCAGUUCAGUUAAAACACAACCCUAGUUUGUUUUCCUUUGUUAUUUUUUUUCACCCGAUGCUGUACAGUCAGAUUACAAAAAGAUGUUUUUUCUUUUUUGUAUAUCGAAUAAGGGCUAGACGAAGAUGGGCUGAGGCAUCUGUCUGCCUUCAUGCCAAGAAGGACAGGGGGUAGCCUUAUGGCCAAUCUAUAGUUGCCAAUUUAAAAUGUAAAUAUUUUCUGUCAUACGGUUGGACAUAUGCGAUUGCUGUUGUUUAUUCUGUAUGUCAAUGAAAUUUUCUGACAAACUCUUGACCAAGCAUGUUCCUUAUUCAAGGAAAAUGUGCCAACAUAACGUAAUGGACGUGCAGGAAUUGUUAGCUCAGUGGCAAGUAUUCCCUACUCGUGACUAGUCAUAGAGAAAAUCAAUUGUGAUAUGAAAUAACAUGUAUAAAUGAGCAGGAAAAAUUGACAUUAUUAAGUGGAACAUGUAUUAUGGUGUUACUUCUACACACUCUGUACACCAUUGGCAGUCUGUUUGACUUAAAUAUGUAUAUAUGUGGCAGUUUUUAUAAUUU